AUGGCAUCGAAUCCACUUCAGCGGGUGCCGUUGCAUGUGGUAGCCGAAAUCCUGGCUCACCUGGGCUCUUUCCAACAGCUCGGGCUCGCAAUCCUGAGUCAUCGUGUAUUCCACGAUGCUCUUCACGACAACCUUCACUACGUAGCCCGCAGCAUCAUCACGAAUCAGAUUUCCGACGUCAUUCUCCCAUUCGCCCUUGUACUUCUCAAGUCGGCAAAGCUCGGUGACGAUGACCACGAUGGCAUCCGAAAUUUGCUGGAUCAUCUCAUCACAGACAUAUCCGAGCCCCGCCAUGCCGCAGCAGCUCUCAUCGGCCUGCCCCUAGGCGAGUACGCAUUCCUCAGCAAGAACCAUGCGGCCGUUGAGUCUCUCCGCGAUGAUCUCGCCAGAGGGGCGAUCCCUGCGUUUGUCGAAAGGUUCGAGCUGGAGCAUUCCGGACAUCUUAACCCGCAGGAAAUUUUCCGUCUGGAAAGGGCCUUCUAUCGUUACCAAAUCAUGUGCAACUUGUUUUGUGGGAGAAAGGGUUCUGACAGGAACCUCUCCGCCUUCGAAAAUAGACAUCCUUUCUUCACACAAUUCUCUCCAUGGGUCAACGAGCAACUCAGCUGCGUGUACCAUUAUCUUGAGAACAAGGUCAUUGCUGCAUACGAUGAGCUUGCUGCACACGAUGUAGAGUGGGGCGAACUUCCCGUGCAGUGGCGAAGUGAACCUUGGAACUUGGACCGAGUCCAGAGCUUUUAG